AUGGGUUGCGCACCAACAAAAAUUCAGGCAGUCACUCCUAAAUAUGUGAAACAAUCAAAUGAUAUCGUGCUUCCAGUGCCUAAAAGGAUUGUUACUACGACAGAUACAUCACGAAUCGUGAAGAAUGAAGAUGAUAUCUCCGAAGAGUUUGCGCCAAAACAAUCAACCAGAGCAACUGAUGCAAGCACGUCAGUUAGUGCAUUAGAAUCUGAACAAUCACGCAAAGUAAAUGAGGAACGCUUUCCAUCAGACAAUAUCACUCUUGAUCGAUCAACCGAUGUAACCAAGGAACAUAUGGCAAUGGGUGAGUCACGAUCACAAAGGUCAUGCAAAGUAGAGGACGAGUACAUGCAAAUAAAAGCGAUAUCAUCAAAUAUUGAUCUUACUCCUGUCGACAACGAAGCAUUCACGCCAUCUAUAUGUCAAGAACGACAGGCCGCGAUCGCGAAUAUGUCCUAUCGACAGAGUAUUGAUCAAUGGUGA